AUGUGUAAAAGAAGACACUUUGAAUUUGCAAUUCCAUUUGAAAACAGCGAACCAAGGAUCCUCAGAAUACUAUAUGAAAUAAAGCCAGAAUGGUCUGGAAAGAAACUAAAGUUUACGAAAUUUACCGAAGGCAUUAGCAACAAAUUAUUUGGCUGCAUGUUGCAAAAUGGUUCAGAGAGCGAUCUUAUAAUGUUCAGACUAUAUGGAAAUCAAACAGAAUUAUUCAUCGAUAGAAAGCAAGAGCUAAUAAAUGUGGAGUUUCUACACUCGCAGGGAUAUGCUCCUAAAUUGUAUGGCACCUUUGAGAACGGAUAUUGCUGUGGCUUCAUUCCUGGUCGAACACUGGAAACAGAGGAAAUGUCGGACAAGCAUUUCAGUGAACUGAUUGCCAAGAAAUUAGCCACGUUCACGCGAUAG